AUGGGUUGGAGAUGGAGUAGGAGAUUGAGACAGAGGGGCCUCUUGCAGGGCAAUGUCUUCCACUUUAUUUGGUUAGGGAAGGGACAGGAGUGGGAAGCCAUGAGUGUUCUUCUCCAAACACUAAUUAAAGGCACCACGAUCUCCUCCGAUCUCCGAUCACUCUCCGGCCACAAAACCCACUUCCCAAUUCCACCAAAUGUGCUAACUUUGCCACUUCCACCACACCCUUUUGUUUUCGAUUUGCUGUGA